CGGUGGCGAACAUUUUUAGUAAGUGCGCGGCGUGUCUCGCAUAUGUCGGAUAGCACUGCCGCGCAAACAUUCUGUGGUAUGUCCAAACUUGCGCGUGGCAAAACGCCGCGUGUUGCUGCCGCGCAAUGUGUGGACACACCUUUAUAGUUCGUCAAAUAUAGUUUGUCGAGAAAUUAACAUACAACUAAAUGUAAAACUGAGUAAUUGAAAACGAAAAAAGAUAUAUGUGCGAUUGAACGAGUUGGUAGCGGUCGUUUCUUUUUUUUUUGCGCGUCGAGAGACGAAAUGACGUAAACCCCGCCGUUUUAAAACCGUUGGUACCUUAUAUGGGCUGUGUGCACUUCGUCUUUGAAGGCCGUUUCAUUCUUCUCAAUGCCUGCCACUGUAAAAUGGGAGGACGCGUACAUUCAGCAAUGGUGGCAGCAAUAAAUUUUGAUUUGCGAACGGCUACAGUGGAAUGGUAUGAAAGAGGUGAGACAAAAGGGAAAGAGGUGGAACUUGCAGUGAUAGAAUCUUUAAAUCCGGAAAUAAUAAUUGUACAGCCUGUGGAAAAGUGCCUGCAGCAACCGAUGUUACCUUCGCCAUUGCAGAGGGAUUCGUCCGCGUCACCUUCGGAGGAGGAGGAGACGAGUACUGCCGUCGCGCAGUUAUCCAGAUUCGGACAUAAAUUGCACGAAUCCGAUGACGAUUUUAACAGCAAUCAGUUAUCACCGGAUACUGCAACACUUUCGAACCCAACUCGACAAACCAUAGCACCUUCUAUGAACGAUAAGAACAGCAAUGGCGGGUUGCGUAUACCUAAACCUACCACCGUUAAGGCGAACAACGGUCAAGUUAUGGAAAAUUAUCCUAUUAGCAAAGAAAAUACAGCUUCAAGAACUAGCAUGCUCCCUCAGUCUUUAUCAAACAAGAAUUCGAGGACAAGUAGCGUUGUAAAGGAAGUGGAGAAAUUAAAAAAGAAUCGUGAAGAACGAAGACAACGCCAAGCGGAAGAGAAGGCAGAAAAGGAAGCUUUUCUUCAGUCAGCACCGGGUAAUCCUCAUUGGGAACUCUUAAAUAUGAUUCAAGAAUAUCGUCGAGGAAUAGAUAUAAAACCGCUGACAGAACACGACGCGCUCGAAGAUCACUUAAUAACGGUUUGUGUAAGAAAAAGGCCAUUAAAUAAAAAAGAUGCAUCGCGAAAAGAAGUUGACGUAAUAACGAUACCGUCAAAGAAUCAGUUGAUUGUUCAUGAACCGAAAAACAAAGUGGAUCUAACCAAGUAUUUGGAGAAUCAAAUAUUUCGAUUCGAUUACGCAUUUGACGAGACAUGCACGAACGAUAUUGUUUAUAAAUACACAGCACAGCCGCUUAUAAAAACGAUUUUCGAUGGGGGUUUCGCCACGUGUUUUGCAUAUGGUCAAACCGGAUCUGGAAAAACACAUACAAUGGGUGGCGAUUUUAACGGAAAAACUCAAGACUGUCAAAAGGGUAUAUACGCGAUGGUAUCUGCCGACGUGUUUAGGUAUAUCAACAUGGAAAAGUACCGUCAUUUGAAUCUCCUCGUUUGCGCGAGCUUCUUCGAGAUCUAUUCCGGAAAAGUAUUCGAUCUGCUCAACAAUAAAUUAAAACUACGUAUCUUGGAAGACGGAAAACAACAAGUACAAGUUGUCGGAUUGACCGAAAAAAUCGUUUCCAGUGUCGACGAAGUCCUCAAACUCAUUCAAAAGGGGAAUCAAGCGAGAACAUCGGGACAAACUUCGGCCAAUUCGAAUUCGUCACGAUCUCACGCCGUUUUCCAAAUUAUAUUGAGGUCGCAAUCUUCAAUGAGUAAAAUACACGGAAAAUUUUCGCUUAUUGAUUUAGCUGGAAACGAAAGAGGAGCUGAUACCUCUUCUGCUAAUAGAGAAACUAGAAUGGAAGGAGCGGAAAUAAAUAAAUCCCUUCUAGCUCUCAAAGAAUGUAUACGAGCUUUAGGUCGUAAAGGAGCUCAUUUACCUUUUCGAGUAAGCAAGCUAACGCAAGUCCUUCGAGAUUCGUUCGUCGGCCCAAAUUCUAGAACGUGCAUGAUUGCUAUGAUUUCUCCGGGAGUUUCCUCUUGUGAACACUCCUUGAAUACUUUACGUUAUGCAGAUCGAGUGAAAGAACUCGGAGCCGGCGAUUUGGUAAUCAAUCAAGGUGACGAUGGUUUCAAUAACGCGGAUAAACAGGGAGAUGGCGAUUUACAACAAUUGCGCUCUCUAAACGAGCACGAUAUGAGUGUUGAGAUGCUUAAUUUUCAUCAAGUUAUUUCUGAGUUGCAAACGGCUGAAGAUUCUAUGUUGGAUAAUCACAAGCAAACCAUCGAACAUUUGCAUGCUAGCCUACAAAGAGCAAAGAAAUUAUUAAGAAUGACUGACGAUGUUACCUACGAUCAAGAAGGUUAUUGUCGAUUGUGGACGGAUUUAGUAAAAGAGAUGACAUCACAUUUGAUACGUUCUGAAGAAACAGUGGCGGACUUUAAAGCUAAGUUAGCAACGGAAGAACAACUUAGCCGUAAGACGCAGAAAAAGAAAAACGAAAAAUAAACUUCAUUUAAAAAAUGAUAAAAUUGUUUUAAAACAAGCAAAAUUAAAACCUGCUACUUGUAUAACACAAGCUUACGUUGUAUUAUUGAAGGUCAUAAUGACGUUUAAGGCGGUGAAAAGAAUUAAAAACAGUUUUAUUUAGUUUAUGAUAUUCAAUAAUGUGAUGUAUUUGUCGCGAAUACCACCGGGGACCGCCCAGUUUUUAAAAAAUAUUUACUAAAAGAUGCGGGAGCCGUGUGUGCGAUGAAAAAACUAUAUAUAUAGAGAGAGAGAUCUGGCACAGUUGUCUUACCAAAAAAAUACUAUGCUCCUGUUUUUAUAAGAUUAUUUAUUUGUUCUUUUUUUUUUAUUAAAUCGGUCUCUGCAUUUUCUUUUAAUUUGUACACAAAACAUUCCUAAGUUAUUCUCAAGAUAAGAAGGCGGCCACAGCGAAAGUUGGCAACGAAGAUUUUGAAAUAAUUAUGUUGUUUAAUAAUUUUUUUCUGUGAAUUGUUACGUCGCAUUGUUAGGCUGUGGUAAUGUUUUUUAGAGUUAUCUGCCGACUGAUCGUUUGUUUAAAGCCGCCACCCUACCCUCGCUCCGCAUUGCUUUCCCCCGAACAUUGAUUACUAUAACAAAUAACGAGAUGUAGAGGCCUUAGUAUCCACAGAUGUGCAAGUAUUCGUUUUUUCCCGUUAUGUUACAAUUUUUACCACUAAUUUUGUGUUUUUUUUUACUGCGUUUAUUUGUAAUCCACCGUUUCACUUUUCGCUAAUAAACUUUUCGAAAUUUAA